AAUAUGUUCCAUUGCCGUGGCCGAACUCCUCGCGCUUCUUUUAGUAAAGGAGAAGGGAGCGAAACGGCGAGGAAGAACGCUUCGGCGAGGAAGAAGACAUGCGGUCUUCGAAAGCAGUGGUGGCGGAGGAGGAUGACCUGAACCGUGCGGUGGUGGCGCCUCAUCAGCAACCGGGGGGGAGGAGGAAGGCGACGGGAAACAUGCGGGCGUGGCUGGUGGUAUCGGAUUCGGGGAGGUCGUAUCUUGAAGAAGCUGGGAAGCACUCGAUCAUGAGGCGAACGGGGCUUCCGGCGAGAGAUUUACGGGUGCUGGAUCCCCAGCUAUCGUAUCCCUCGACUAUACUGGGGAGAGAGCGAGCCAUCGUGAUCAAUCUGGAGCAUAUCAAGGCUGUGAUUACGGCGACGGAGGUGCUCGUACCCAAUUCCAGAGAUCCAUUGGUUGCUCCCUUUGUGCAAGAUUUGCAGGCGAGGGUCUCGUCCGGCUCUUACGGGGCUCCGCAUCAUGUGGUUACAGAAUCCGAUGAAGGCGAUGCAGAUGGUACUUCUAAGGCUGUUUUAACUAGUCAAACACAAUCAGGCAGCCCCGGGCUCGCUUUGGAUGCAUACAGUAAUGGAAGUACCAAAGUGUUGCCGUUUGAGUUCAGAGCACUUGAAGCCUGUCUUGAGUCAGCAUGUAGACUGCUUGAAUCUGAGACAUUAACCUUGGAGCAAGAAGCAUACCCUGCUCUGGACGAGUUGACGUCAAAAAUCAGCACACUUAAUCUCGAGCGUGUAAGGCAGAUAAAGUCCCGCCUCGUUGCAAUUUCUGGACGUGUGCAGAAGGUAAGAGAUGAGCUGGAACACUUACUGGAUGAUGACAUGGAUAUGGCCGAAAUGUAUUUAACUGAGAAACUGGCUCAUCAACGAGCUGGUGAAACCUCUUCGAGAGCUGAUAUCGGAAAUGUUGAGCUUGAAAUGGAUGAUGACGGAGAUGAAGAUGCCAAAACUGAAACAGAAAGCACCUCCGGAGGAUUAGGUGGUUUCAAGCUUAACAUUGAGGAAUUGGAGAUGCUUUUAGAGGCUUACUUUGUUCAGAUAGAUGGCACCCUUAAUAAACUCUCUGCGCUUCGGGAGUACGUUGACGACACCGAGGAUUACAUCAACAUAAUGCUCGACGAGAAGCAAAAUCAACUGCUCCAGAUGGGCGUUAUGCUGAGCACCGCCACUCUGGUCAUCACCGCCGGCGUCGUCGUGGUCGGUAUAUUUGGCAUGAAUAUCACCAUCGAACUCUUCAAUGUCCCAACCUUUCACCAGUUCUGGGAGGCCACCGGGGGCACCGUCGGCGGCUGCCUCAUUCUUUACAUUCUGGCAAUUUGCUGGGGCAAGAAGAGUGGACUUCUCCAAUGAGAAUGGAAGCAACCCUGCAACCAUUUAAACUUCAGAAAAUGAGGUCAGACAUUUUUAACUUAACUAUCUUGUGAGGUAAAGUUUACCAGUGCGGUUAAGCUAUCAUUAAUAUGGGAUCUAUAAUGCGUUUAAUGUGACCCUUUGGAAUACAAACUGAUAUUUAUUUGUCUUUGAGCGCUGACAUUUACAUGAAUCUAAAUAAUUAGUGCAUUUUUUUUA